AUGAAUUAUUUCCCAGAUGAUGAAGAAGAUGACUACGGAGGAGAGACAGGACAUCAACUUCGGAAUGCUUCAGGGAACAUCUCCGGAACAUACGCACCCAACAGCCCCACCACCCCACAGCCGACAACUUCAACUCCCCCUCCCAAUCCACCAAGCACACGCAGGUCCUGGGAUUCCUCCACCUGCCAAAUCCAAACCACACGAUGCCUGGAGGAAAGUAGCGUUAAGGCUUCCAAUUUCAAGAAAGCAAAUUCUCCUCAUUUAUUGAUUCUGAAACUCUUGCCAUUUUAUUCUGCACAGGGAUGGUUUGCUGGAAGAAACUUGGCAGCUUCUCAGGUCACAACUAAAUACCUUCUUUGGGUGGAUGAAGACUUUUUAUUCACAAAACAGACAAAAGUGGAAAAGUUGUUGGAAGUAUUAGAAAACACAAACUUGGAUGUGGUUGGUGGCUCAGUAAACGGUAAUCGUUUCCACUUUAGGCUGUGGUAUGAAUAUGGAAAUCCUGAUGGUGGAGAAUGCUUGUUCUCAAAGGCUGGGGGCUUUCAUCCCUUGAAUGGGUUUCCAAACUGUGUGAUAACCAGUGGUGUGGUCAAUUUCUUUCUGGCCAGGACAUCCAAGAUAUUGAAUGUUGGAUUUGACCCUCGAUUAGCCAGGGUAGCUCAUUCAGAGUUUUUCAUUGACGGACUCGGCAGACUGCUCGUGGGAUCAUGUAAUGAUGUCAUUGUUGGACAUCAGACGCGCCAGAGUCCAAAAAAUGACACACAGAAAGCAGUUGAACAAAAAUAUGCAAGGUUUCGACGGCCCUCUAGGCAUGACGCAGAUUUCAAACUUGCAUUGCAUUAUUUCAAAAACCAUUUAAAAUGUUACACCAAGAUUUAAUGGGUAAGAUUGUACAUUUCUAUUCCUGAUGAAGGGCUUUUGCCCAAAACAUCGAUUUUCCUGCUCCUCGGAUGUUGCCUGACCUGCUGUGCAUUUCCAGCACCACUCUAAUCUAGACCCAUAAUCUUGACGGACCAAUCCACGAGCUCUAUCUCAUCACUAUCUCCUUCAGCCUCUCCACUCCCUUGAUGUUAUUGGGCUGCUUCUUUAAUAGCCACACCCGGAUACAGUGAACAUUUCGGCAAUUCAACAUUUCUUCUUUUUCUUUCAUGGAAUGUGAGCAUCACUAGAAAGACCAGUAAAUGUUGACCAUCACUGCUGCCUUUGAAAAGGUGUUGACAAUCCACCCUCUUGCACUGCUGCAGUCCAUUUAGUAAACAUCAGGAAGACAGAGGGUACUUUCUUGCUUCCCAUCACAAAUAGAAAUGAUCGCUAUAAAUUCAGCCUCCUCCCCAGUAGUUUCAACCAAAGAGAUCUUGGUAUCCUAUUUUGGUAUCCUGAGCUUUGACCACAUAUGAUGUCAAUUAUCAAGACCUCCUACUUCCUCUCAACUAUUCCGUCAGCUCCCGAAACCCUCACCCAUACCCAGAACCUUUUUGAAGGUUGGACAU